CACUACGCAUGCGCAGUAGGCGGAGUUUUCGGUGGCAGCUGCUGCUCGUUGAGUGAACUGAUGAUGAUGAUGAUGAUGUGGAGGAAAUAACGGACCUGUGUCUCCAUCAGCUUUGUCUAGGGCUGAUAAGAGACAGCGUCUCGGACAUGAUGUGGUUUGAGUGUCGUUUCUUCAAAACCGAUUGGUUUCGUUGAGCUCGCGCCCGGCUCGGAGGCUAACCCGCGUUAGCUUAGCGCUGCGAACACUGAGCAGCUUCAGGAGAAAAGAGGCAAGUUUCCGUCUCUCGAACAAUAACGCGGCGAUAAGGCGAGUGGGUGGCUGUGGUCUGAAUGUUAACCCUUGGCUCAUCAACUUUUUGUUCACCCAACGGUUCGUUAUCGAUUAGCCACGAUGAGCUAAUCUGAUGCUGUGAUUCUAACCUGCGCAGAUCGGACUACGGCUGAUGAGAUGGCUCAUCUAUGGCGGCGAGACAUCCCACUGGCAGAGAGGCUUGGGAACGACUCCCCUGUCGGCUUCGCCCCGGGGCCCCCGGCCACGGUGGCCCCGCAGCAACACAACACCUCCUGGGUGCCAGAGGCGCCGGUGGUCACACCAGAAGAGCCCAUUUUCCUGAUGACCGCCACUGCUCAGACCGUAUCGGGCUUCUUCGUCUGGACAGCUCUUCUGAUCACAUGCCACCAGAUCUACAUGCACCUGCGUUACUACAGCUCUCCGAAUGAACAGAGGCACAUCGUUCGGAUCCUCUUCAUCGUCCCCAUCUAUGCCUUCGACUCCUGGCUCAGCCUCCUUUUCUUCACCAACGAGGAGUAUUACGUGUACUUCGACACGGUCCGAGACUGCUACGAAGCCUUUGUCAUCUACAACUUCCUGAGUCUGUGUUACGAGUACCUGGGAGGCGAGAGCGCCAUCAUGGCGGAGAUCCGAGGGAAACCUAUCGAGUCCAGCUGUGUGUAUGGGACCUGCUGUCUGUGGGGAAAGACGUACUCCAUUGGUUUCCUCAGGUUUUGCAAACAGGCUACCCUCCAGUUCUGUGUGGUGAAACCCCUGAUGGCAGUGAUCACUGUCAUUCUUCAGGCCUUCGGGAAAUACAAAGAUGGAGACUUCAACGUGGCAAGUGGCUACCUGUAUGCGACCAUCAUCUACAACGUCUCGGUCAGCCUGUCGCUCUACGCUCUCUUCCUCUUCUACUUCGCCACGCGGGACCUGCUCGUCCCCUACAACCCCAUGCUCAAGUUCUUUAUGGUCAAAUCGGUCAUCUUCCUCUCCUUCUGGCAAGGCAUGCUGCUGGCCAUCCUGGAGAAGUGCGGCGCCAUCCCCCAGAUCAGCUCCGCGGACGUCUCUGUGGGCGAGGGAACGGUUGCCGCUGGUUACCAAAACUUCAUCAUCUGCAUUGAGAUGUUCUUUGCUGCUGUUGCUUUGCGCCAUGCCUUUACUUACAAAGUCUACAUGGAUAAAAGACUGGACUCGUAUGGCUCCUUUCCUAUCUAUGGACAGUACGGCCGCUGUGCCCCAAUGAAGAGCAUCUCCAGCAGCUUGAAGGAGACCAUGAAUCCAGGGGACAUGGUCCAGGAUGCCAUCCACAACUUCUCCCCGGCUUAUCAGCAGUACACGCAGCAGUCCACCCUGGAGCGAGGUGGGGGGCCGCCCCUCUCCCGCAGCCACAGUAACCUCAGCACCCGCGGGGACAACGAAAAGACCCUGCUGCUCAGCUCCGACGACGAGUUCUGAGACACAAACACGCACUCGCUCUGCUCCUGCCCCCACAGUGUGAGACCGAUUGGAUCUUUUGGAAGAUCAGAUUCUGGUUUUUGUUCUUACAUUUAGACAAUAAUUGAAAAGAUCAGAUUUAUUUGAGAUUUAAAAAGACUGUGUGAACGGAUCAGGAGUUUUUACGAUGAAGGAGAGAUGGAGACGCGUUGGAAGAGUUGUUCAGAAAGAGGAAGACGGGAUGUUCACAGAGAGAUUAGAUUUAUCAAAUGGUCAGUUGUCAUCUGUGUUGAUGUCAUAGAUGCUAUUACUGACAGAACAUGGUACAAAUAACCGUGCCUGCAUAGAGCGUCCUUAUGCUGCACUUUAAACACUACAGCAAAAAACAAAAAGAAAGAUAUAUCGGAUGUAAGGUGUAUGUCAAAGCAAACAAUCCACAUCUUGAACUCAUGGCAGCCUUCGUCUGUCAGUUUUAAUAUUGUUUCUUAAUCUUCACCCCUCUGCCUCUUAAUGAAUCAUUGCCAAACAGAAGGAGCACAAUGUGCUCCAGUCAAUGAGACACACUGUCUUAAGAUGUAGAAUUGAUUUAGAGUUCAUGAAAACUAAGGAGCUUUUGAAUUGCCAGGCUUGAGUUUAAUAUAUCAAAAUGGAGUCUCGUUCUUUUUAUUUAAAUGUAUGACCUCAAAGGUGUAGCUCAUUUACAGAGCGGUUUGUUAUAAAUAUUCUGUGUUAUGUUGUCAUUUUGUGUGGAAUAUGGGUUCAUGUGAACCACGGACUCGUCGUGCAGCGCUGAGAGGGGACAGCUGUGGGGGGGGGCAUUAGUGCGGGCAGGGAGACUCACGGAAGGACAACGGCCACACAGAUUACAGAUUACUGACAAAGCAACGCUUCCCUGCGGGCCCGGCUCAGCUAUGAUGUGCUGCGGAUUAUAAUCCCACAUUUGAGGACAGUUAUUGUUUGUAAGGGAAUCACUGCUGUAGUAGUAGUGAGAUGGUCAUCACAGCCAGAUAAGGCCAUUAAAAUAGUCUCAGCGCAAACAAGGCUUUAAAUUUGUUCAGGGACACAAUAGCAGUGAUGGAGUCGGAUCCAUCAGGUCUAAAGGUUUGAUAGUUAUUGAACUGAUGUUGAAUAUGUGCCGGUAUAAAAGCUGCUUGUGGUUGUAAAUGUUUGAGGCAGAACACAGCAACAUGAACCCUUUUGACAGGUGACAUCAGGCUCAAUGCUGGCACUAAAUGUGUGAUCAUUGGUUUUCUCUUGUUGUGGCCAGUGCAGAGUCCAACCUGAUUUCAGGGAUGGACUCUGAGCCAGUGAAGUAAACAAACGGGUAAGUCCAUGUUUGUAAUGAAUGUAGGCCAAGUGAAACUGAACUGCCAAAUUGAUGUGUAGAAAAAGAGCAAAGUCAUCUCCUUAGUGUUAAAAUUGUGAUAGCAUAAUUUUGAAAGAGUUGAAAAGUUUCCUGCUGUGAUUGAGUGACAUUAUCCUACACCGACCACAGAAAUUCACUGCCUUUUAUGCUACCCAGAGUUCAAAGCUUAUCAAUCUCCAGCAGCGUGAUUUAAAAUAGUUCUGAUACUAUUUAAUUUAAAAGCUGAAUGUUAAAUAUUAUACCAGAAUGGUGGGGAUGUAUGUAAUGGCAUUGCUUUGUACAGUGCUUUACUUUGAUAUUUUCAUUUUCAUAUACUCUUUGGUUUUAUUUACAAUUUACACUUUUUCAUUUGUAUCUUGGCAAUAUUAUCUCUUGUUUUGAUGCUAUAAUUGUUUAUGUUGUUGAAAAUAAAAUAAAAUGCAAAAAAUA